AUGGCAACUCAAGACUUGGAAAACCAGGAACCAAAACCCCACACUCUUAUGGUGGAUGAUGGUUCCGACAAAGACAAUACAAACCACCACAACAUUACCAAGUUUCGUUCGGAGGGUGACUACAUCCACUUUGGAAAUGAAAAGUACUUGCGUUCUGAAUUAAACGAAGCGUUUGGUGGUACCUUGAACCCCGGUUUAUCGCCUCCUCCAAAACACAACUUUGCCAACCCAGCACCUCUUGGGUUGUCUGCGUUCGCUUUGACUACGUUUGUGUUGAGUUUGAUCAAUACUGGUGCCAGAGGUGUCACUAUUCCUAACAUUGUUGUUGGUUUGGCAUUCUUUUAUGGUGGUGCUGCUCAAUUAGUGGCAGGAAUGUUUGAGAUUGCUGUUGGAAACACUUUUGGUGGUGUCGCUUUGUCGUCUUAUGGUGGUUUCUGGGGCUCGUAUGCUGCCAUUCUUACCCCCAGUUUUGGAAUUACCGCAGCGUACGCUGGUGCCGAAGAAGAACUUCGAUUCGCUUUGGGAAUUUUUCUCAUUGGCUGGUUCAUCUUUACGUUUUUCUUGAUGCUCGUGACAUUGAAGUCGACGGUAGCUUUCUUCCUGGUGUUCUUUUUCUUGUCAAUUACGUUCCUUCUUUUGGCAAUUGCCGAGUUUAAGAACUCCACCGGCGUGAAAACUGCCGCUGGUGUCUUUGGAAUUCUCACGGCUUUUGCAGCUUGGUACAAUGCCUACGCCGGUAUUGCCAAUUCCCAGAACACCUACAUCACCGUUAAGGCAAUUGCGCUUCCCGAUCUUCAGGAUAAGUCGAGAUAA